AUGGCUACUUUUUUCCAGAGUGUUCGCCAAGGGUUUGGCCGGGGUGGAAACAACAAGAACAACCCUCCCAAGAGCCCCGUACAAGCUCAAGCUCCCGCCAUGCCGAAUUCGCAUUCGCUUUCCAAUAGCCUCACCAUCGAUAACAUCGCCGCGAACGACCCGGACGCCCCCAAGUACUUCUUCCAGGAGAAAUAUGCCCCUCUUAAUGUGAGGGGCAACUUCUUAACCCUAUGUGCUUGUCCGAAGAAUGUGGAAUUGGGCGAGUGGUUAGCUCAUCAGAUUGUUGAACAAUACCGCCUACUCCACGGCAUGCUUCAGGUCAUCCAGGAAGUGAAUUCCGUAAAUGGAUUUCCCAUUUGCAACGAGCAAACAUGCCCCACAAUGUCUGCUGGACGAUUGACCUACACCUGGCUCGUCGACGGCCGCGCAGCUAAGAUCUCCGCACCCAAGUUCAUCAACCGCGUCGAGAAGUGGAUUGUCAGCAAGAUCCACGACCCUGUCAUGUUCCCCACCGAGAAUGUCACCGGCAUCCCCGAAACCUCUUCCACCCGAGACGCAGCCGAUGACUGGAUCGGCAAGUCCAGUGGAUUCCCCCAGACCUUCUACAAGGACUGUCAGGGUAUCAUGAAGCAGAUGUUCCGCUGCUACGCGCAUCUGUAUCACGCCCACUGGCUCAACCCCUUCUGGCACAUCAACAAGCACGAUAUCCUCAACAUGUGCUUUGUCCACUUCGUGACCGUUGCCAAGUACUACCAGCUCGUUUCGGACAAGGAGAUGGAGCCGAUGCAGCCACUGAUCGACCUCUUCAUCAAGCAGCAACGGGUUCCACCCGAGGCGCUGAACGGCGGCCACUGGGCUCAACAGGCCACCAACUGA